AUGGCAUCAAUCAUCCGCAACAUUGCAUGGAUAGUUUUCCUCCAAGAGGAAUAUGACGAGGCUCUACAGUAUCUGGAUAGCAAGGAAAGCGAGGGGAAAUGGGUUUCCCCUCUCGAUUCCACUACAAUCACCGUUACGCCGGGUACAAUCGGAAUACACAAUGUCAAUGUAGUUUAUGCUGAGGAGAUGGAUAUGUCGUCGGCAAUUUUAUGCGUGCACAGCCAUAUUCGCCACGUAAGGCUGAUCAUCUUUGGCGGCGUCGACUACACGUCCAAUUUCGCAUUAGGUGACGAACGCAUCGGGCACUGCAUCAUUAACACUCCUACCACCCAGGAGGUCGAUUUUUACCCUAGCGGCAAUGGCAUUACGGCUAUAGAUGAGCGGAACGCAAGCCUCUUACUACUUGCAGUGCAGGAGCACAUAGAUGGCUAUCCUACGGGGCUGUACUUACCUGGAGAUGAAUUCGGGCAGGGGGAGAUCUUGUACCACGCAAUGUAUGUGGGCUGCUCAACCGAUGAGUUGUGUUGUGGACCCGAAGCUGGCCCCAGGGUGCCGUGUAUGACAGUCCGCGGCUUUGCUGGUUACAUGGAGGGCGAACCAUGGGUUUCAUUAGGGAGAGAUGUAUCUGCAACCGUCAUAAAAGGCAUUAUCCGACAGAUUAAUCGGCUAUCAUAG